UAACCACAUAUCAUUAACAAGACUCAUCUAUUAAAUUGAGAGACACAUAGAGGGAAAAAAAUCAAAUUAAAAUUUAAUUUUGCCACCAAUUGAGUCAUUGACUCUUGACUCCAAAUCCAUCUCCUCCUUCUUCCCCUCCUUUGUUCCAAAGUCCAAGUCUUCCAGCCCAACGUGGAGGCUAAUCCCCUUCUUCUUAUUCCCUUCAUCUUUCUGACUUUUUUGUGUUCCAAACCCAUUUCACAAGCCAAAGUGCCAAACCCAUCUUUUAACUGUCCUUUCUCUCUUCACUCUCAGCUUCCCAUUGUUCCCAUUUCAACACUCAAAGCACACAAAAACAAACCUUUUUCACUUCCCCUGCAAAACCCAGAAUUCUCGGACAAAUUCUGACUUCUGGGGUGUGUUCAAAUUUGCACCUGAAGCAGAAAGUCUCAUUUUUUAAACAUGAGUGCAAGUGACAACGCAUGGGGUGAAUCUGACACAAUUGAGAUCACAGGAAAGAUCAUGGUGGUGGCCAUAAUAUUCCUCUUCAUGGUGGUUGUCUUUGUUCUUGUGCUCCAUCUCUAUGCAAAAUGGUUCUGGUGGAGCAUGGAGGAAAACGCCACUCCCCAGCCCCGCCACCGCCGCCGCCGCCGCCGGAGGUUUGUCUUCGCCCCCGGUCAAGACUCGGUGAUCUAUGAGACUCACCAGGUUGGGCUUGACCCUUCAGUUCUCAAGUCCUUGCCAGUGUUGGUUUUCCAACCUGAGGACUUCAAAGAAGGUUUGGAGUGUGCAGUUUGCCUCUCUGAGAUUGUCCAAGGUGAAAAGUUGAGGCUUUUGCCCAAAUGCAAUCAUGGGUUUCAUGUGGAUUGCAUUGACAUGUGGUUCCAUUCACACUCCACUUGUCCUCUUUGUAGGAACCCUGUUGCUUUUGAAUCCUCUAAAUGUGAAGAGAGUAAUGUCUCAGGGAAUAGUGAUUCAUCAUCAUCAUCAUAUGAAGAGAACUCAGGUGGUGUGAGUGGUUUGGAACCUUCAAAUUUUCCCACAAAUGUGUUGGUUUGGGGGAACCAGACACAAGUUAGUUCCAUUGGGGUUUCAUUGGAAGAAAAAGAAGAAGAAGAAGAAGAAGGUACUUCUCAGUCCCAGCAACCACCUUGUUCUACACCACCUACAGCAUCUUCUUCUGCUAGUAGCAAUGUUAAUGGAAGGUGUCAUGGAAUGUUGGUGAUUGAUAUUCCAAGUGAGUGCACUUCCUCCUCUUUGUCACCUUCUGGGAGUAGGUGUGCUGAAGAGGAGGUGAAAUCACCAAUGGCUGCCACAUUGAGGUCAUUCAAGAGGCUUUUGAGCAGGGACAAAAAGUUGAGUCCUUGCAGUCCAAGUUCUGUAGACGUGGAACAAGCACAGAGCUAGAAAUUUGUUGAUUGAUGGUAUUCAUUAAUUUUUAUUUUUAGGAGAGUUCUUCUUCCUGAGGGAUAGCUCUUAAAGAGUCGUUGUUAUGCUACUUCCUUUCCAAUACUUUGUGCACAUAAUGGCUAAGGAUGGUUGCUUUGUAAUGUCUUGUUAUAUACAAUCUUUUUUUCUUUUAUUUUAAUGUUUGUGCUUGGACUUGGAGCACAUUAAGCCAACGGUCUAAACUCUUAAGUGUUUAUAUUGUGUAAAGAACAUGUUUCUUUGUAGUGACAGGGUAGAAUGACCCACUUUCUUUUUACACAAGAUGAAUUUUAUAUAAUUAUUGUCUUAA